ACUCUCACCAUGCUUUCCCAGAAGGUUGCUCAGCAAUCGCUGCGGCGGCUUGCCGUCCAGCAGCCCUACGCUCUGCGGUGGUCUCUGAUGAACUCCGCCUCUCCCGCCGCCGUUGCCCUCGGAAGAAACAUUCAGACUAGACACGCUGCCUCCUCCACGAACUCCUCCGACCCUACCAAGCUUCUCGAGAAGCAGCGCCUGAACCGCCCCGUCUCCCCCCACCUCACCAUCUACCGUCCCCAGAUCACAUGGAUCGGCAGUAGUAUUCACCGUGUCACCGGUCUGAUGCUGUCCGGAAGUCUGUACCUCUACGCCACUGCCUACCUCGCCUCCCCCGUUCUGGGCUGGGAUCUGGGAUCUGCCUCCGCCGUCGCCGCCUUCGCUGCUCUCCCCGUCGUCGCCAAGGUCGCCCUGAAGGCUACCCUGGCCCUGCCUUUCACCUACCACUGCAUGAACGGAGUGCGCCACUUGAUCUGGGAUCUCGGCACCGGUCUUACCAACCCCCAGGUCAUCAAGUCCGGCUGGACUGUGGUGGGCUUGAGUACGAUUAGCGCUCUUCUACUUGCUUUCCUGUGAUUUUGUGACAUACCUCUGCUUCUUGUUUGUUUAAAAUGUUUCGUGCAAUAUAUUAUACCAGUCAAUUGACUGUUUUUGGACCACUUUUAUCCUCC